AUGGAUAGGUUUGGCCAGAAUAUGACUGCACAAGUCAUACGUGACGAAGGAAACAUUCACGUUGUCAAUCUAUCCAGGGUUGGCAUACCACUUGAUGAGGCAAAAGUUGCUUCAGAAUGGAUUGCGAAGGCUUUUGCACAAGCACCUGCGGAACCAGCAUUGGCAAUCUUCUUCGGUCCAGCGUCAUACGAAGAAAACAGAGAAAUGCACGAAGCGUUUUGGGCAUCCCAUCUCGGGCGAGUAGCAAAGUCUGGCGUAUUGCUGGGAGCUCUGAAUUCCGAGGGCUGGCAGGGCUUCCGAUGUCUUUUCCCUCCAGGCCAAGGUUGGCAGCCAUAUAGUGUCGAAUAUGAUACUGGGGUCGAUGAUAACUGGGAGCGCUUUCUUGAGCUUACGGGCAAAGAGGCGUACAUGAACAGAGUACAAGAAUGGGGUCGCUUGACCGGCAAGACUCACAGAGAGCUAGACUUGACCGUUGACCAAUUCUUUACAACCUCAAUGAUCGUUGUUAACAAUCAACACCAAGGUAUCGGCCGAUUGCUCGACGAGGCAGCACGCGAAAUCGUACACAGCCACGACACGAAACUCUUCGUUCGUAUCCAUGAACACAUCGUAAGAGCCAUUGGCACACAGACCAGUGAUCACGAUGGCUAA